AUGGUUGAGGGGGAAAUGAUGGUGAUGAGAUUGAUGGAGAUGUUGAUAGUGGUGGGUGUGGAGGUGGUGGUGGUUAUGGUGGUAAAGAUAGAGGUGGUGGAUGUGGUGGAGAUGAAGAAGAUGAUAGUCGUGGAAAUGGAGACAGUGGUAAUGAUGGAGAUGGAAGCAGUGGCGGUGAUGGAGACGGGUGGGUCAGACCCAGCUGCGUGGGUCCCAGCCUCUGGCCCGCGCACCCCUCACGCCAUCCUCCCCCGGGCCCGGGAACCCCGAGCACCUGCCCGGAAAGGGGCGGGAAGCAUCCGCAGAGGCCGGGCCCCUGCCCUACCCUGGUCGACCCGCUCGGGCCCCCCCACCUCUAGCCCUUCGACCCUCGCCGCCGAGCGCACCCAGCGCACGCCUCCCGAGCGUGGGAGGGGCCCGGGGGAGGGGUGGUGGGAGGAGCGCAGUCCGACCCCCGGCAGCAGCGGUCCGCUGCCGGAGACGAGAUCUGAUGAGAAUGUCUUCCUGCAAAUUAAGCCUUCUCAGGACUCUCCAUCCGGUGCCGGCAGCGAGCCCGGCGCGCUGGGAGCCAGUCCUGGGGGCGCCGCGGGCGCAGCGGCGGCGACCAGGGCUCAGCACCCCUUCCUGCGUACCCCCACCCCACCGCCUGCACACAGGGUCGGCCGGCUCCGGGUCGGAGGGUGGAGCCCACCUACCAAUGCCUCCCAGAACGAGUGCCAGCUGUGCCCCUCCUCUGCCCCGCUCGGGCUGCCCAAAGUGUCCCCGCACCUCUCCCUCUUAUACCUCUUACCGUGGGCGGCGGAUCUCCGCCGAGAUAACCCAGCCAAGCCCCCUGCCCCGCGUCCCAGCGAGGGGCCGCAGCUGUAUAAAUACCGGGGGUGGGGGAGCGGGGCUGCUGCCCAAGGCCCACUACCCUCGUCCCGCCCCCCCACCCCCCAGGGCCCCAGCCCCCGGGACUCCCGGAAGCUGCCUGCCGCGGCCGCUGCCCCUGUAAUCCCAGUGGCCUGCCCGGAGGCGCGGCGGGCAGGAGCGGGGACCACCGGCGGAGGAGCCAGCCCCCAGCCCGGGCCGCCGACUGGGAGGUUGCAGAUCAAAGACGCUAGCACGGAGGCAGAGGCGGUGCGGGUGGGGGCGGGCGGCUGGCUCGGGCCGCAGCCUCCCCCCUGCGCCGUGGGCGGGGCUCCCAGGCCUAGGAAGCCAGGCUGCCAGGCCCGGGGGAGGGCGCUUCGGCUGCUGGGUGAGGUGCGCAGGCCCGCGGGGGAGUCGCCCCAGCGUCCCCACGGCUCCUGCAGUCCCGCAAGAACAGAGCCACCCACCUGUGGCCCUGGCAGGUGGAACCCUGUACCAUUCCUGGACUGUACUCCUGACAAAGGCCUUCAGCACCUGGGGGCCCAGCUCUCCUCCUCUCUCUCCCCUCCCUUCUCUGAAGAAGGAAAGCUGAGGCAGCCCUUGCCCAUGUGUGCAGAGCCCCCUCCUGGGGGGGAGAGUGUCACUCUGAAGCGGCCCAGCCCCCCGGCGCUCAGCGCCCAACUGUCCCGCUCCCUCUGCCUACCCAGUAGGCGGCGAUGCCUUACCUCUUCCUUCGGGAGUAGGAAGUGGACACUUGAGCAGGAGCUUGGAACACCCCCUCCCCUUUAUCUGAGCCCUCAGCCCGGGAAUGCGGCGCAGGGUGUGCAGGACGCCACUCAGCACCGCGUCCCCUCCCCUGGCCGCCCGCCACACCUCGCGCCGUUGACAGCGGCGGCGCCUGGGCCCAAGGCGGCCUCGGGGCCCCGCAUCGUCCCCUCGAGCCCCCGCCCUCGGCAGAGUCCCCAACCAGGGAAGAAAGGAGGGCUCGGUGGAGGAGCUCCGUCCCACCCGAUCCCCGAUCCCCGGGUCCUCCCCCCGCCUCCCGCCUCCCCUCUCCCCCACCCCACCCCCUCGGGGCCGCCCCUCCCCCGGGCAGCCUCUGCAGCGCUGCUGGGCUCCGUGGGGGGAAUACUAAGGAGCGGCGCGGCGGGAGAAGCCCCAGAGCGGGCCCCGGAGCCGGCACCGCGCGACAGCCGCGCCCCUGCCGCUCUCCCCGCCAGGCUUUGA